AUGGGCAAAUCCGGCGGCAGCAAGGCGCAGCAGCACAAGCCGCCGUCGGCGAAGCGCAAGGCCGACACGCACUUCACCACCAUCGCGGUCGCGGCGGCAAUCUCGAGCGCGCUCGCGGCAACGAUUCUGCCGUGCUGGCUCUCAAACCCGCUGCAGCCUCCGCCGGAGCGGAGAGAGGGCGUGGUCGCCGGCCACGGCUCCGCGGGCGCACGCACCAUCGCCGAGCCCGCCCGGCCGCCAAAGGACAGGCGGCUCGUGCAUGCCGUCCAGCAGGGCAACGCCGAGCUCGUCCGAGCGCUGCUCAAGUCCGGAGCCUCUCCUCAGGCCCGUGAGUCGACCGGGCUGACCGGACUGCAUCGCGCUGUCGCGGCCGGGAGCGUGGGCGUGGUCCGUGUGCUGAUCGAGUUUAACGCCUCGUUGGAGGCGCUCGACGCGCACAACCACGCGACGCCGCUCGACUUUGCGGCGGACACAUUCUCCCCCGAGGCGAGCAAAGAGCACCUCGACCGGCAGCUGGAGAUUGCUCGACUCCUCGUAGAGGCGGGCGCUAAGGUGGAGGCGGCGACGCUGGGGCGACUGCUACGGAAGCCGCUGCUGGCCGCCUUCCUCUUUGACCGCGCGCCACGUGCCGCGCUCUACGCAGGCCGGUCGGCUGCGAACUGGCUGCGGAGCCUCGCCGAGCGAUGCAGUUUCGCGGACGAGAGAGAGGACGAGGUGGAGAAAGCCACGGCGGCCUCGCUGCUCGAGGCCUUCAUGUCGGGCGACCCCGGCCUCGAAAGCUUCGCUAGCGGAGCGCUUUGGAGCUUUGCCGCCGCCGCCGUCGGGCGGCGCUCGUGGCGGCAGGCUGCGCUUGCGUGCGAAGCGGCGGCCGCCGCCAUUGACGCGCCAAACGCCUCGGCGGCAGACGGCUGGAUUGAGGCGCAGCAGCUGGCCAUCUUGGCUUGGCAAGCCGCGGGCGAGCUCGAGGGCAUUCUCAGGGCGAGAGCCGCGUACACAGCGGUGGUGCACCGGGUGCCUCCGCACGACUGCCGAGGAGGCAGCGACAGCACCGGCGGCAGCGGCGUUGGGGCGGUGCCCGUUUGCCGAAGCGAGGCGAUCGGGCUGACGGAUUUUGGGCAGGCUUGGACUCCCGGCUUGAUUGGGCACGAGACGACCGCGCGAGCCAAGGGCGCGGCGGCCGCGCGAGGCUUCGCGACGAGGAGGCACCGGCUGCGGCACGACGCAGAACAGCUCGAGUACCUGCUUGGGGCCGUCGGCAAUGGCAGCCUGCGGCAGAGCGGGCUGACGGAGGCUAUGCUGCGCGCCACGCUUCACAGCCACGAGAGGCUGCUCGACGCGCUGCCGCGCGAGGAGGCGACGGCGCCGAGAGCGCGCGCGGGCGAGUCGCUCGACGAGUGGCUCUCGAGGCGGCAGGCCGAGGCGCACACGAUUGGCGCGGUCGUCCUCUCGCCGGCCCAGUUCGGCGAGAUCAAGCACUGGCACAACCGGCUGGCGCACGUGCACGACGCUCAGCUCUCGCCAGGCGAGACCGUCCUCGGCGCGACAUCGCGCGCGCUCGCAGAGGCUCAGGCGACCUACGGCUCCGCGUCCCCUUCGGUGGCGGUCGUGGACGGGCUGCUGUCGGCCGCCGCGCUCGAAGCCGCGCUCGAGUUUGCGAUGCGAUCCACCGUGUGGUGGGACUCGAAGGCAGGCUACCUCGGCACCUACGCGCGUGCCGAGGGCGGCACCUUCUCGGGCGGCGAGCUGGCGCACUUCCAGCUGAUCGAGCCUACCGUGGCCGAGCUUCGGCGGGCGAUGCCGCGCGUGCUCUGCUCGCACCGCCUCACCGCGACGUGGAUGUACAAGUACGAUGACGAGAUGCAGGCUGGCAUCAACAUCCACGCGGACGAGGCCGCCGUCAACCUGAACAUCUGGCUCACCCCCGACGAGGCGCUCUCCGCGGCCGACAGCGCGGAGGGUGGGCUCGUCGUCUACACGGAGAAGCCGCCCGCGAGUUGGACGGGCGCGCAGCGCAACCACGGCGGUGACAACGAGGCGGCGCGUCGCCGCCUUUUGGAGGAGAGCGGCUUCCGUAACGUGACGGUGCCGUAUCGGCAGAAUCGGCUCGUCGUCUUCGAGUCGGACCUCUUCCAUCGCAGCGGGCGGGUGGCCUUCAAGCCGGGGUACCGCAACCGCCGCAUCAACUGGACGCUGCUCUUUGGGAGGCGCGGCGAUCGAUGCGUGCUGCCGCGCAGCCGGACCGCGUCGUCGCCGUGA